AUGGCAUCGUCGGACUGCCUGGGAGAUGAUUGCGUUUUACAGCGAGGGAGAUCUAUGAGUGACCCAAGCAGCACCACCGAGGUCCGCCUGGGUGAGGCGCACCAAGCAGACAUGAUGGACCAACAGAGGGUGUUGCAAUCUGGCUGCCUGGUCUCAGGGGUUCGUACACCGCCCGUGAGACGCAACAGUAAACUGGCCAACCUGGGUCGGAUCUUCAAGCCGUGGAAAUGGAGGAAAAAGAAAAAUGAGAAGCUGAAGCCCUCAACGGUGGUGGAGAAAAAAGUAGCUGUGCGACAGAAGCGAGACGACCUCAAAGAGAACUCCGAAAAGAUGGAGACAGAUUCAGACCUUGCUUGUGGAGGUAACAGUGAAGACCAGAACACUCCAAACCACUCGGAUGGAGAUGACAAAGAUGAGAAUCCCAUAGCGUCGCUGGCUAGUACCGCUGAGGACACAUGCAACGAUUUAGAUGCUUCAGCAGUUGUGGCAGUGCAAGAUGUAAUUGAGGAUUGCAAGUCGGCAACAGAGCCCAGUAAGAGUGAAAAUGGAAACCCCUGUGUAGGGCAUCUGAAACUCGAGGCCUUUGACUGUAAAAAGGAAGCUGUUCAUCCUCAGAGACGUGCCAGCACCCCUCCAGGACCUAACCUGCAAGUCAAAGUGCUCACUAGACUGGGUAGUCUAGAUGGUGCACCGCCAGUGCGAGUGAAAAAAUCUCCAGCGACCUUACCCAGGAAUUUCACGCUUCCCAAAGACCCUCAUGGCUCCCUGUUAAGAGGCCGGAUGUCCACACCAACUGGUUCCCCCCACCUUGGCGCACUCCAUUCUCAGCUACCUACCAGCUGCAUAAUUGAGGAACUGCACCGUGCGCUGGCCACCAAACAUAGACAAGACAGCUUCCAAAUGAAGGAAGUGCGCGCAUCCCCGAAACGAAGACUAGAAGGUCGCUUGUCCCGCACCUCCAGCACAGACAGGGAGCCUGCUGGUGAGCAGGAGACCAAGAAGCAGUCUGAUGAGAACAAGGAGAAUCGUCGUCUAGAUGAGUACUUGAGUGAUCAGGACAGCUGGAAUGAAUCUGUGAUCUCUGGGACCCUGUCACGAAGGAUGAGGAAGGAGCUUUUGGCCGUGAAGCUCCGAAACCGACCCAGCAAACAAGAGCUGGAGGAUCGCAACAUCUUCCCUGUCCGCAGCGACCAGGAGCGCCAGGCGAUUCGUCAACAGAUCGAGAUGAAGUUGGCCAAGAGGCUCAGCCAACGGCCUGCGGUGGAGGAGCUGGAGAGUCGGAACAUCUUAAAGCAAAGAAAUGACCAGACUGAACAAGAGGAAAGACGAGAAAUAAAACAACGCUUAAACAGAAAGCUCAACCAGCGACCAACUGUGGAUGAGCUGCGGGACAGAAAGAUUCUCAUUCGUUUCAGUGACUAUGUGGAAGUGGCCAAAGCUCAGGACUAUGACAGGCGGGCAGACAAGCCAUGGACCAGACUAUCAGCUGCUGACAAGGCGGCCAUCCGUAAAGAACUAAAUGAGUUCAAAAGUACGGAGAUGGAGGUCCAUUCUUCAAGCAAACACCUGACAAGGUUUGUGUGCCAAUGUUCCACCGGCCUUAGCAAGGUUUCUUCUGUGAAGAGUUGCUGA